UGGACCGUCAUCAAGACUCAACAAUGGCGCGUCUUUCUAAAGUGUUGUAUAUAGUAGUGGGAGUACUGCAACGCUUUUUUCCUUGGAAGCUAGCAAUUCGUCGAGACAAUUUUCCCACCGUCUUUCUUUUAUUGGUCACCUUCCUAUGUUUUGGCCUGUUGUUGCUGAUGCCCAACUUUAACGUGCUCCCAGAUCUACGUGUAACCGUGCUAACCACACAGCCCUCUGUCUCGGCAUGCAAGCUGCCAGAUCUAAGUGAAGUAGAGCUCCCUUACAUCAAGCCAAUGCCUCCAGCCUCGCCCGCUCGCUGUAGGAGUGAGUACAACGUCACCUACUCUAUUGACGGCUCCUACAGACUCCAUGUCACCUGGUACAGUCCCGAGUAUGACGACAAUGAAGAGUUCACUCCAUAUUGUAAAUACCGGGAAUUUAAGUUCGGUCUCAGACCUUCGGAAUUUGCGUUCGGACCCUGGACGGAAAUUGUCAAACAGUCGGCUCAACUGAACCAACAAAGCAAAUACAUUCAUCUGAUGUGUGUGCUAGAUUUGUUCUUUAAAGUAGCGGACUUCUAUAUUCCCGUGUUACCAACUGACGCCAGCGAACCUGAUCUAGCCACACAAGGGGACAACCAGUCAUUUCCCGUCAAUGUCCUAUUGUUGGUAUUGCGGGGUCUGUCCAGAGAGAACUUUAUUUUAGAUUUUAAAUCUACGCAUGGAUUUUUACUGCAUGAGUUGGGGAGUGUGGACUUGAUGCAUCAUACCCAACUGAGUCAUGUAUAUGUUGAAAACAUUGGUCCAGUCUUGAUGGGCAGAAGACCACAGGGUAUCGUGUCCCCACAGGAAGUCAUAUGGAACUCGUUUCAUCAAAACGGUUACUCUAUUGUCUUAGCUGAAGAUUCACAUUUAAAAGGAGUUCUGCCCCAAAUGUCCACUAGAGAAUACUACACGUCAUUUCCGCUGAUGAUGGCUAUGAACUCUAAGAAGGACACUGGCACUAAAAUAUGUCUGGGUGGACAUUUGGACUUGAACUUCCAGCUGACCUUUGCUAAAAGAUUUUUUCACGCUUUCCCCAGGCAGCCUGUCUUUGCUUAUAUCUUAUUGACCGAGAUGAAAUCUAAACUCAGUUUGGACAACGAACUCUACAGCUUUUUUCAGAGCAUGAAAGAUUCGGGUCAUCUGGACAAGACACUGAUCCUGACUAUGUCUGAUUCUACGGGCUACUUGACGAGAAGAAAGAAACCUGAGGCAGAAGCUUUGUCUCCCGCCAUGUUUCUCACCUUACCUAAAGCACUGGAGGACAAGAGGUCAAACCUGACAUGGAACAGCCACAAGAUGACAUCACAUUACGAUAUCUACCUGACUCUUAAGGACGUUCUCCACACAUUCCAGAAUCCGAAAGCAAAGCCUCACGCUCAAAGUCUCACGCCGCCUCACGCUCACAGUCUCUUUGAGAAGAUACCGACAACCCGCUCUUGUCAGAUGGCACAGGUGCCCAAAAAGAUGUGCAUUUGCUUAUAAGGACAAACAUUGAACGAUAUGAAUGAAAUGGUGGACUCAGACAAUUCCCUACUAAUAGUAGCUACUUCUCUAUUGUUGCAUCUAGUCUAUAGUAGCAGCUAGCUUAUAGUAGCAACUUCUCUAUUGUUGUAUCUAGUCUAUAGUAGCAACUAGCCUAUAGUAGCAACUUCUCUAUUGUUGUAUAUAGUCUAUAGUAGCAACCAGCCCAUAGUAGCAACUUCUCUAUUGUUGCAUCGAGUCUAUAGUAGCAACUAGCCUAUAGUAGCAAAUUCUCUAUUGUUGUAUCUAGUCUAUAGUAGCAACCAGCCCAUAGUAGCAACUUCUCUAUUGUUGCAUCGAGUCUAAAUUAGCAAUUAGCCUAUGGUAGUAACUAGUCUAUAGUAGAAACAAGUCUAUUUUAGCAAAUCUCUAUUUGAAAAAACGAAAUUACAUUCCAAUACUUUUGACAUUUAUAAGUAUUGCAAACAAGUUUGCUCUUGCUAUACACCAGUCAUGAGCGACUGACUAGAUAUGGAGUGUCAUGCACAAAAACAUAAAUAUCGCUGGCCUAUAAGUUGAACAAUAUCUUGGAUAAGUUGUAAUACUUCUGUAUUUAAUGUUAACAAUAUCUUGGAUAAGUUGUAAUACUUCUGUAUUUGAAAUUGACAGUCUCUAAGAUAAGUUAUGAUACUUCUACGUUAUGAUUUGUUUAUUUACAGAUUGUUGGUUUGAUUAUUUGAACAUUAAAUAU